AUGCCCCGAUCAUUCCUGGUGAAAAACAAACGAAGCACAUCUUUUAAUAUGCAUAGAUUGUAUGAAGAUGAGACAGGUGUCUCACCCCAGAGCACAGACUCUUCAGACAAGCCUCAAUCUAGGAGCCUGAAUCCACAAACAGACCACAGAGCAAUAGAAAAAAAAGAGACAGAGUUGCAAAGUCCCCUGCCUGUACAUGCUGAGCCUAUCAGACCCCCAGUGAUUCCCACAAAGUCGUACUUCCCUACAGAUCCCCAGAUGGUAGAAUUCCCUCCUUACUAUAAACCGACAUAUUCUUGGGAUCAGGUUCCCUCUCCUUAUCAGUUGGGUUUCAGCCCCACGGUACUGCAGCAUGCCGCCAGUCUGUACAACACACACAUCAGCCGCAGCCCGCAACACCAGCAGCCCCUGGACUGUAGUACACACUACUCUCCAAGCUCCAACACCUACCACUGUAUCACUUGUGAUAAGGUGUUCUCAACAUCUCACGGCCUGGAGGUUCAUGUCAGGAGGUCCCACAGUGGAACGAGACCUUUUGGCUGUAGCAUCUGUAGAAAAACCUUUGGCCACGCCGUCAGUCUCGAGCAACACAUGAAUGUACACUCUCAGGAAAAAAGUUUCGAGUGUAAAAUGUGCGGAAAGUCCUUCAAGCGCUCAUCCACACUCUCCACACAUCUCCUCAUCCACUCUGACACGAGACCAUACCCAUGUCAGUUCUGUGGCAAGAGAUUUCACCAGAAGUCUGACAUGAAGAAACAUACAUAUAUUCACACAGGUGAGAAGCCCCAUAAGUGCCAAGUGUGUGGCAAAGCAUUCAGCCAGAGCUCCAACCUGAUCACCCACAGUAGAAAACACACGGGGUUCAAACCAUUUGGAUGUGACAUAUGUUCCAAGGGCUUUCAACGCAAAGUGGACCUUCGCAGGCACCAUGAAAGUCAGCACAGCAUCAAGUGA